AUGAAGUUUUCCCAUCAAAUCCAAUUCAAUGCAGUUCCUGACUGGGCCGAGUACUAUGUCCCCUACUCGAACUUGAAGAAGCUUGUGUAUUCCAUCGAGCGAGACCGAGUUACAAGCCAUCACGCCUUGCGCACGACAGAAGAAGCCACAGAACAAAGCUCCCUUCUUCAACCCGACGACCAACACACCGACAUGGACAACGACCGGUUCAUUGCAGCCCUGGAUCGGGCACUCGACCGCAUCGUCAACUUUUACUCCAAGAAAGAAACAGAGCUGUAUGACGCAAUGGACACGCUGAUGGCCGAUAUGCAGCAGCAUCAUGCGUCUAUUGCUAUUGCAGGCUCAGCUCCUGCGAGUAACACAAGUCCUAUUGGCCAACAACAGCAAAACAGCAAUCAUCGACGCUCCAGAAGCAGCAGUGACUUUCCACGACGCGACGAGGACAAGACUGAGCUCAAGCGCCACACGGUCGAUGUGUUUGUUUUACUUUCCGAACUGAAAUCGUUCGUGUCGCUUAACGCCACGGCUUUUGCCAAAAUCCUGAAAAAGUACGACAAGAUUACAGGCAAUGAGCUCAAGCGCUACUACACAAACAACUAUGUCAGCAAGGCGUAUCCGUUCCGGACCACGACCAAGCAAAAGCUGAAUGCACGGAUCCAGCGCACGGAACGCGCGUACGCGAAUAUGACGGGCGGGGACUUGGAUGCAGCGGUGGAUGAACUCAAGUCGCAUCUGCGAGAACGGAUUGUCUGGGAACGCAACACGGUGUGGCGUGACAUGAUCGGACAGGAGCGUAAGGUACAAGGGCUAGGGGUCAGCGGCGCUGAUGCACAUAGCAGGACGAUCCAACUGCGCUUCCUCGGCCUUAAGGAAAUCGAGCGACAGACGGUGUGGCAGAUCGUGUCGUUGGUGGCAAGUCUGGUCGUGUUUGGCAUCCUCUUGUUCCACGUCGAGAUCUUUCCUUCCAUCGAGCAGAACAGAUGCUUUGCAAUCCUGGUGUUUGCAAGCAUGCUCUGGGCAACCGAGGUAAUGCCUCUGUUCGCCACCGCCAUGCUGAUUCCGUUCCUGACCGUGACACUGCGUGUGAUGCGGUCGCCCGAUCUGGUGCGCCUCUCAGCACCCGAGGCAACGCGACAAGUCUUCUCGGCCAUGUUUUCCCCUGUCAUCAUGCUGCUGCUCGGUGGCUUUGCCAUUGCUGCCUCGCUGAGCAAGUUUGGCAUUGCAAAGGCCAUGGCUACCUUUGUCCUGUCCAAAGCCGGAACCCGUCCGAGCCGUGUGCUGCUCGUCAACAUGCUCGUUGCUACUGUAGCCAGUAUGUGGAUUAGUAACGUUGCAGCACCCGUGUUGUGCUUCUCCUUAAUUCAGCCUAUUCUGCGGACACUUCCUGUGGAUUCGACGUUUGGCUCAUGUCUGAUCCUCGGCAUUGCACUGGCAUCCAACUUGGGCGGUAUUGCAUCACCCAUCUCCUCGCCACAGAACAUCAUUGCAAUCCAAAACAUGUCGCCGCCUCCGUCAUGGGCUCAAUGGUUCAUUGUGGCGGUUCCCUUGUGCGUGAUUGGCAACUUCAUCAUCUGGCUGUGGCUGCUGUACAACUACCAUCCAGAAAAACACACGCCGCAGAUCCAUACGAUCCGCGCAUCGCACGACCCGGUCACACCUACACAAGUGUUUGUCAUGCUUGUCACUCUCGUCACGAUUGCACUGUGGUGCCUGGCUCACUCGUUUGAAGAGAUUCUCGGUGACAUGGGCGUGAUUGCCAUUAUUCCGCUGGUUGCCUUCUUUGGCACCGGAUUGCUUACCAAGGACGACUUUAACCAUUUCUUGUGGACCGUCAUCAUGCUUGCGAUGGGAGGGAUUGUGCUGGGUAAGGCUGUGGAAAGUUCUGGACUGUUGCAUACCAUUGCAUCGCAUAUUCAGGCCAUGGUCAAGGGAUUCUCGACAUUCGAAGUCCUGCUGGUGUUCAGCUUGCUUGUGCUUUGUAUUGCUACGUUCAUCAGUCACACUGUGGCCGCAUUGAUUAUUUUGCCCAUUGUUGCUGAAGUCGGCUCUGAAAUGCCUGAUCCGCGACCACGGCUCUUGGUCAUGGGAACUGCCUUUGUUUGCUCUGUCGCAAUGGGAUUGCCUGUCUCCGGAUUCCCAAAUAUGAAUGCGAUUUCUCAAGAAAACGAGCUGGGCAAGCCAUAUUUGAAAACCAAGGACUUUUUGCGGAAUGGUGUCCCUGCGAGCUUGUUUUGCAUGGUUUGCGUCGCCACCAUUGGCUAUGGUUUGAUGACUGUGAUCGGCUUCUAA